GGCAGUGGUUGCCCCGGCAUCGCCGCCGAGGGAGGGCGAAGCGGCUGCCGGUCCGGCCCGAGAGGAGCCCCGCCGGGGCUGAGCCGGGACGCGAGGCCGCCCUCCGCUCCGCUGGGAUGAAGGACCGCCUGGCCGAGCUAGCCGCGUGCACGCACAAUGAAGACGGGGAAGCUUCUGUUGUCGUCGAAAAUGAUCAUUACAUGGAGGACUUCUUCCAACAGGUACAAAUAUCUUCCAAAGGCAGCCUAAGGGAGCCAGCGUGGUCUGGAAAGUCUACCACUGACGAUGAACUGGAAGAGAUGCUGGAGAGCGGCAACCUUUCCAUUUUCACUUCCGACAUUAUCCUGGACACCAAAAUUACCAGAGAAGCUCUGGAUGAAAUUGAAUCACGUCACAAAGACAUCAUCAAAUUGGAAUCCAGCAUCCAGGAGCUGCAUGAGAUGUUUAUGGACAUGGCGAUGCUCGUUGAAGUCCAGGGGGAAAUGGUCAACAGCAUUGAGAAAAAUGUGCUGAACGCGGCCGAUUACGUCGAACAUGCAAAAGAGGAGACCAAGAAAGCCGUCAAAUAUCAAAGCAAAGCUCGCAGGAAAAAGUGGAUAAUUCUGGUUGUUGCGCUGGUUGUGGUGGCCGUAAUUGCUCUAAUAAUUGGCUUGUCGGUCGGAUCUUAGCGACGCUCGGAUGCGCCAGCCCGUAUCUCACUCUGCUAUCGAGGCAAAAUUGAUGAUCAUACUCAUUUGUGUAACUUUAUUGCUCAUAAUCCUUGGGAUUGUCCUAGCGUCGACCUUCUUGUAGCAAGCAACACAUUCCAGGAACGCGGCGAAGCGUCCUAAGAUCCUCGUGUGAGAAACCAAGCCAGCCUAUUAGAGUAUAGAUUCACUGUAGUCCGAUGCCUCUUUUUAGGGAUCCAGAUUGACAUUCAGCUAUUAUUUAGUCAGCAGUCCCAAAUUGAUGGGAGAGGUCCCUUCUAGAGAAUAGCAUCUUGUGGCCUUGAAAGCUAUUCAGAUUUCCUUUCUGCACUAUUUUGAAGAUGCCUUCUGAUUAUUUUUGAUAGGACAGUGUUACCCAAGUGGAAUGAAUUGUCCCCGAGUACUGAGCCUUUGCCUUCAUUCUCCAUUAAUUAAUUCGUCUUAUUAACAUAGCAGAGAGUCUUAAUUUAAAACUGAAGCAGCCACGUUCUCUUAAAGAACUUCUAACCGGCAUAGGAUUGCAGUCAGACAUUACAGGCGUGUUCUUUUGCAAUCAACGAGUCUUUGGCUUUCAGGUAAAUGUAACCAGGGGCGAUAAGUGAAAUCUAUUUUCUUUCCAGCUUAAAAAAAAAAACUGUCUUAAAAUGUAACCUUAAAAAUGGGCAUAAUAUCUAUCACAAGUCAGCGUGUGUCUUAAUUUGUGAGGCGUUUCCUAGUCUUUUCGGCAGCUACCUAGAAGCGAGUUCCUUUUUCUCAGUAGUGACCAGCCAAAACUGUGAGUAAGGUUUGUCUUAACAUUCCUUUGCUUGUCACAAAACAUGUUUUUUUUAAGAGGAUUUCCUCCACCGUGAAGUUUACUAUUCAUCCCCCCCGCAUUUUGUGUUUUCUAUCAGCUUUUUCCCCACUUCCAAACUUGUCAUAGAUCUCGCUGAGGGCUCCAGUUUUCUGGAGAGUAACAGAAGGUGCUCCCUGGCACUCUGAUCCGGAGCUCCGCAUUCCCUUUGGAUCCUGGAGCUCCCACAGACUUCCCCAUUCUGUUUUGCGGAAGGUGAAGCUUUUUCACUCAUCCUCUUGCAGGUACUAAACACCCUCCAGCAUCAAAGUUAACGAAUACGCUUUCGUAGGUGCAGUUCUUCAGAUACUAUUGUUCGCUUCCUUGCCAACCCCCCCCCCCCCCCACAAGUCCUUUUUGUUUCAUUGGGACCUCUGCUCGCAUUCAAUUUGGGGGCCCUUCCUCACAAUGGCUAAUAACUGAGAAAAAUGCUUCCAGUAAAAAUACGACUAUGAAGCAAAGCUAAGAGCAUUUCAAAGCUUGGUUUGAUUUUUGAGUACUUCUAAUCGGUGACGAAACGCGGCCCCGUCGAUUGGAUCGGCGUUACAACGUUGGCUGCAGUGUAGCGAGCCCCGAUUUCCUUUCCGUGAAGGAACUGCAACAAAAAUCAAGGUUUUCUUUCUUUAAAUUUCCACUUGGUCUUUAAUGAAGGAGAGGGAGCAGGGGAGGGACAGGCGUUCGUCCUAAAAAUGAAACACUGAAUUUGUUGGGAGGGAUUUGCCUUGUGAAUUUCCCUGGCAUGAAUGAAGUGUUCGCAAAGGACUCGACCCAAAGUCAGUUCUGGUGAAAAUAAGGAACCUUCAGACGCCUGCUUUCUCUGGGUUGGGUUAAAAGUUGUGCAGCUGUUAGCAACUUCUGUGCAUUUCAGAAGUAACCAAAACACACUUGUUGCUGAUUAGCUUUUUUUUUUUUUUACAAAAAACUGUGUUUGUGUUAUUACUGUGUAAAAUGUUGAUAGCUGUGUUUUGAUUUCCAGUUGUUUCAAAUAUAUUAAUGUAGAUAUGUAGAUAUUUAUUCCAGAAGUGAAAUGAACUUACAACAGGUGCCUUAAAAAAUACAUGGCCUUGAAAUAUUUAUUUCUGUGUUUUUCAACAAGAAUAAACUUGCAGAUAUAUUUUGUGUUACAGGUAACCUUUCUCACCACUCAUAGUGUGACCUUUUACAUAUUUACAGUGUAUAUUCUUAAAUGUUUGUUGCAUAUAUAAUAAAACAAAAAGAUAACAUUUC